AUGGCUGAAGGAAUAGCUACACUAAAGGCUAAAAGGGGUGUUUUGAGGGCAUCGGUCACGAAGUGUAUAAAUAAAUUAGAAACAGAACUUCGUGAAACGGCAGCCAAUGAGAAUGAAAUUGAAGAGUUACUCGAACAAUUAGAUGAUAAAUGGAAAUCGUUGAAAGUGGUAGAUGAUGAACUGGAAAGUUUUUUUAGUAGUGAGGAUUUCGUAAAGGAAUUUCCGUCUAUUGAAGAAUAUCGUGAAAAGGUUGUCAUGUGGAAAUUUAGGGGAAAUAAGUUUUUGCGUAUGCUAGACAGUAGCGCUAAUAAAGUGUCAAAAACAGAAGUAGCACCCGUACAUAACGAGGAAUUAAGAACGGAUUUUCGCUACCGUGGAACUGUUAAGCUACCAAAAAUAACAAUUCCAAAAUUUUAUGGUGACGUAAGUCAAUGGCUAACGUUUUGGAAUUCUUUCGAAACAGCAAUUCACGCUAAUGAACAUUUGGACGAAAUCGACAAAUUUAAUUACUUAAAAGCUCAUCUUGGGAGAACAGCGUUAGGAACUAUAGAAGGAUUCUCUAUUUCGGCAGAAAAUUACGGCAAAGCCGUAAAAUUAUUGAGUGAUCGUUUCGCGCGAAAAGACAUUUUGAUAAAUGCGCAUAUGAAUAACCUAAUGAAUCUACCGUCUUUAAAACGCAGUGAUGAUACUAAAGCUUUUCGGAAGCUGUAUGAUAAUUUUCAGACACAAAUAAGAAGUUUAGAAUCGCUGGGGAUUUGUUCUGAGAAUUAUAGUGCCAUGAUGUGCCCAAUGCUCUUGAAAUUAUUUCCACAUGACCUAGUUUUUGAUUUCAAGAAAAAAUUCACGAGUUGCGAUUAUAAUAUCAAAGAUUUAACUGAAUUUUUGGCUGCGCAACUAUGUGCAUUAGAAUGUGCAAAUGCAAGCAUAAAUCAUCCCGAGGUCGAAUCUUUCACAUCUGGUAGGAAUAACGCAGAAGAAAAUAGCAACAAAUUUAAAAAAGAAAGAAACGAAAAUAAAUUUCGGCAAAAUUAUUCGAACUCAUGUCGAAAAGAUCCGAGAAAAAAUAAAGGAAAAAACUUUUCAACCGCUGAAUUUAUGACUGCUGCAUCUGUCGAAAAUGAAAUGAUCUGUUUGUUUUGUCAAGGUUAG